AUGAGCGCGGACACGAGGCCUCUGUACCUGGGCUUUGACCUGUCGACGCAGCAGCUCAAGGCCAUCGUCGUCAACUCGGACCUCAAGACCGUCGCCCAGGCCAAGGUCGACUUCGACGGCGACUUCAGCCCCAAGUAUGGCGUCAGCAAGGGCGUGCACGUGCGGCCCUCGACGGGCGAGGUCUACGCCCCCGUCGCCAUGUGGAUGGAGUCGCUCGACCUGGUGCUGGAGCGCCUCGCCGCCGCCAUGGAGGCCCAGAAUGUGCCCAUGGCUCGCAUCGCCGCCGUGAGCGGCUCCGGCCAGCAGCACGGCAGCGUGUACUGGGCCGCCGGCGCGGAGGACGCCCUCGCCGCGCUGGACCCGGAGAGGCCCCUCGUCGCGCAGCUCGCGCCCGUGCUCGCCCACGACUGGUCCCCCAACUGGCAGGACCAGAGCACCCAGCGCGAGUGCGACGCCUUUGACGCGGAGCUCGGCGGCAGGGAGAGGCUGGCCGAGGUGACGGGCAGUGGAGCUCACCAUCGGUUUACCGGCCUGCAAAUCAUGCGCAUGAAGCGCGUCCGCCCCGGCGUGUACGACGCCACGGCGCGCAUCUCGCUCGUCUCGUCGUGGCUCGCCUCCCUCCUGCUCGGCGCCAUCGCGCCCCUCGACGUCGGCGACGUCUGUGGCAUGAACCUCUGGGACAUGCCCAACCAGCGCUACAGCGAGGAGCUGCUGGCCCUCGCCGCGGGCGGGCGCGGCGCCCCCGCCGCCGAGCUGCGCCGCAAGCUGGGCGAGCCCGUCAUGGACGGCGGCGCGACACUCGGCCGCGUCUCCCCCUACUUCGUGCGGCGGUACGGCUUCGCCCCCGAGUGCGCCGUCGUGCCCUUCACGGGCGACAACCCGGCCACCAUCCUCGCCCUGCCGCUGCGCCCGCUCGACGCCAUCGUCUCGCUCGGCACCUCCACCACCUUCCUCAUGAACACGCCCAAGUACAAGCCCGACGGCGCGUACCACUUCUUCAACCACCCGACCACCCGCGGCAACUACAUGUUUAUGCUGUGCUACAAGAACGGCGGGCUCGCGCGCGAAAAGGUCCGCGAUGCGCUGCCCCAGACGUCGACGAACACCUCCGGCGGAGGUGACGACCCCUGGGCCGCCUUCAACAAGGCCGUCCUCGACACCCCGCCCCUGGACGUGGCCCAGGACGGUGACCGGGCCAAGCUGGGCCUGUAUUUCUACCUGCGCGAGACGGUGCCCAACAUCCGCGCCGGCACCUGGCGGUUCACAUGCUCCGCCGCCGACGGCAGCGACCUGGCCGAGUCCCCGGAUGGCUGGCCCGCGGAGACGGACCCGCGCGUCAUCACCGAGUCGCAGGCGCUGUCGAUGCGCCUGCGGUCGCAGAACCUCGUCCACCCGCCGCGCGCCGGCCUGCCCGCGCAGCCGCGCCGCAUCUACCUCGUGGGCGGCGGGUCCAUGAACCCGGCCAUCGCGCGCGUCGUCGGCGAGGUGCUCGGCGGCGCCGACGGCGUGUACAAGCUCGACGUCGGGGGCAGCGCGUGCGCCCUCGGCGGCGCGUACAAGGCCCUGUGGGCGCUGGAGCGCGGCGACGGCGAGACCUUUGACGAGCUCAUCGCCAAGCGCUGGAAGGAGGAGGGCUCCAUCGAAAAGGUCGACGUCGGCUUCCGCGACGGCACGUACCAAAAGUACGGCAACGUGCUGGGCGCAUUUGAGGAGAUGGAGAAGCGGCUGCUCGCGCAGGAGAAGCACGAGCAAGGGGAGGACGCGUGA